AUGAGCAUUGAAAAAUAUGUUGCUUAUAAAAAACCUGACGAAGGUCGUGAAGAUUUUAACUCUGAUGCUUCAACUAUCUCUACGACUAUGUCCAAUAAAAUUGGAGAACCUUCAACAAUACUCAAAAAUAGUUGUAUAACUUCAUUGCAAAUUGAAGUUGAUAAUGAACCAGUUAUUUUAAAAGAAUCGAAUGAUUUAUCGGAAGAUUUUUUACAAGAAACACCUAAUUUAUUGGAUUGUGGAAAUUGGCCAAUUGUUCGAUCUAGCAACUUUGUGGACCAUUUAAUCAAACUUGGUCCUUUUCAAAUUACAAAAGAAAAAUACCCUGAAGAUAGAAAUGGUCGACAUUUUUCUAGCAUUUAUUACAAUAGAAAGCUUGCGAAUGAAGAAACCUUUUGCCGUAGAUGGUUGGUUUAUUCAGAUUCUAAAAACUCCGUAUUUUGUUUUUGCUGUCUACUUUUUGAUAAUAAUUCAAAGUCAAACUUAGUCUCUGAUGAAAAAGACAGUUUGCGAUGGCAAAAUGUUCUUCUUCGGCUGAUGAAUAUCACUCUUUACCUAGCUGAAAAUAAUAUGGCUUUUCGAGGGAGUUCGGAUAAAUUGGUUACGCCUCAAAACGGCAAAUUCUUAGGACUAAUACAGGUGCUUGCAAAAUUUGAUCCUGUGAUGCAAAAGCAUUUAGCACUUGCAAUAAAAGGUGACACUUCAGACCAUUAUUGCGGGAAAAAUAUUCAAAAUGAGUUAAUAGAUUUAAUGUCUCAAAAGGUUAAUGAUGUAAUAAUAAACCGAGUCUUGAAAGCCGUUUACUAUUCAAUCAUUCCUGAUUGUACACCUGAUAUUUCUAGAAAAGAACAACUUUCUCUUACUAUUCGAAUUGUUGACUUGUCAUUAGACAUUAGAGUGGAAAUUAAAGAGUACUUUUUAGGAUUCUUUUUUGUUUCUGAUUCUACAGGCUUAGGACUUACUGAGGUUUUAAUCGAGUUGCUAACUAAGCAUGGACUUGAAAUCUCUAACUGCAGAGGUCAAGGGUAUGAUAAUGGAUCAAAUAUGAAAGGAAAGAAUAAUGGUGUACAAAAAAGGAUUUUAAAUCUUAAUCCUUUAGCAUUAUAUGUUCCUUGCGGCAACCAUAGCUUAAAUUUGGUAAUAAGUGACUCUGCAUGGUCUUCAGUAAAAUCUAUAGUUUUUUUCGGUAUUCUUCAGAGAUUGUUUACUCUAUUCUCAGCUUCAGUGAGCCGAUGGAAAAUUUUAAUUGAUCAUGUUAGAAUUUUGCAUUUAAAGAAACUCUGUGACACGCGGUGGGAAGCAAAAAUAAGUAGUGUUAAAGCCAUUCGUUAUCAAGUUGGUGAUGUACAUGACGCUUUGAUAGCAUUGUCAGAAAUUGAAGGAUGUAAUCCUGAAACUGCACAUGAAGCGAUAACUCUAGGAGAGCAAUUAAAAGAUUUUAGCUUUCUUGUCUCUUUAAUUGUCUGGUAUGACGUUCUUUUUCAAGUCAAUAUUAUUAGUAAAACUCUUCAAGAAAAAGACAUGGACAUCACUCAAUCUGCAAAGUUAUUGAAAAGCUGUUGUUCAUUUUUAGAAAACUAUAAAAAAAUGGGUUUUAAAGAUGCAAUUAUAAAAGCAAAGGAUUUGGCUAUAGAAUUACAAGUGGAGCCUGUUUUUAAACCACUUAAAAGAAUAAUACGAGUGAAACGCCAUUUUGACGAACCAGCCCAAGAUGGGAUUUAUUUAUUUUCUCCUGAAAAAAAAUUAGAAAUCGAUUUCUUCAAUCCUCUUUUAGACACAUCUUUAAUUUCAAUGAGAGAAAGAUUUAUACAGUUGGAGAAUUAUUCCGAAGUUUGGGGUUUUUUGUAUAAUGUUGAUAGUUUGCAAAAAAGAGAAGAAAUUCCAAAAUCAUGUUUAUUUCUUCAAAGUAAACUUACCGUAAAUCUAAAAUCGGACAUUAAUGGUAUUCUCCUUUGCGAUGAACUGAUGAGCAUUAAACCUUUUCUUUCUGAAAUGGUCAAGGAUAAAAUUACUCCUAUUAUUGUUUUAAACUUUAUAAAACAACACAAAAUGCAAGAUUUGUAUCCAAACACAUGGAUUGCAAUGCGAAUUUUGCUAACAAUACCUGUCACUGUAGCGAGUGGAGAAAGAAGCUUUUCCAAAAUGAAACUAAUAAAAACCUAUCUGCGGUCAACAAUGUCGCAGGAUAGACUUUCAAGUUUAGGAACCCUAUCGAUUGAAAAGAAUAUUGCUGAAAAUCUUGAUUUUUCAACCCUAAUCAAAGAUUUUGGUGAUAAGAAGGCUCGUAAGAUUAAUUUAAAAAAUUAAAUGUAUUUUG